AUGGCUAGAGCUAUUGUUUCCUGUGUCUGGGACUAUCUGACUUCAUUCCUUCCUGAAGGGAUACAACAGGAGGCGAGGCUAAUCAUUGGUGUUGACGAAGAAGUUAAAAAGCUCAGGAGCAAUCUUGAAGCUAUUGAAUCUGUGCUCCUUGAUGCAGAGGAGAGACAAGUGAAGGAGGGAAAUGUCAAACGUUGGUUAGAUCAGCUCAAGUGCACGUCUUAUGACAUUGACAAGGUGUUGGAUGAGUGGAACUACGACAAGUUGAAACAAGAAAUUGAGGGGGUUCCUUCUAAGAAGAUAAAGGAAGUCAAUGAAAAGUUAGAUGUCAUUGCAAAACAAAAAGAUAUGUAUGAUUUUAAAGUGAGUAGAAGUGUUGAGAAGUCAAAACGAGUACAAAGUACUUCGUUUGUUGAUGUGUCUGAGAUCUGUGGUCGAGUUGAUGACAAGAGUAUUUUAGUACGUAAGUUGUAUGAGAAUAGUGAACAACACCUUCCUAUCAUCUCUAUUAUAGGGAUGGGAGGCAUUGGUAAAACAACUUUGGCUCAAUUUGCUUAUAACGAUAAUGAGGUAAUUAAUAGUUUUGACCAUAAGAUGUGGGUAUGUGUGUCGGAGCCUUUUGAUGAGUAUAGGAUUGCUAAAGCAAUCAUUGAGGCUCUAAAAGGUUCUACUUCCGACUUAGUUGAAUUCCAAUCACUUCUUCAACAUGUUAGGGAAUCUAUUGUGGGAAAGAAAUUUCUUUUGAUCUUAGAUGAUGUGUGGAAUGAGGAUUACAAAAAAUGGGAACCAUUGUAUCAUUGCUUGAAGAAUGGUCUCCAUGGAAGUAAAGUUUUGAUUACUACACGUAAGGAGUCGGUUGCACGUAUGAUGGGAUCAAUUGAUAUUAUAAAUGUUAAGGAGUUGCCUGAAGAAGAAUGUUGGUUGUUAUUUAAGCGAUUAGCAUUUUUUGGUAUGUCACAAGAGGAGUGUCAAAAUUUUGAAGAGAUUGGUAGGCAAAUUUUAAGCAAGUGCAAGGGUUUGCCUCUCGCUGUAAAGACUAUCGGGAGUCUCUUGCGCUUUAAGAAACAUAGGGAACAGUGGCAAAAUAUCUUAGACAGUGAAUUAUGGAAACUUGAAGAAUUAGAAAAAGAUAUUUUUCGGCCAUUAUUAUUGAGUUAUAAUGAUUUGCCUUCUAUGAUAAAACAAUGUUUCAUAUAUUGUGCCGUCUUCCCUAAGGAUUAUAAAAUAGAUAAAGAUUAUUUGAUUAAAUUAUGGAUGGCACAUGGUUAUCUAAAAGGAUAUGAAAAUAAGGUGAUGGAGAUAGUUGGUCAAGAGUAUUUUGAUUACUUAGCAUCACGCUCAUUCUUUCAAGAGUUUAAAAAAGAUGGUGACAAUAAUAUCAUAGGAUGUAAGAUGCACGAUUUAGUGCAUGACUUUGCCCAAUUCCUGAGUAAGAAUGAAUGUAUCUCGAUAGAAGUUGAUGGUCUUAAGGAUCCAAUCACAAACUCUUCUUAUCAUGAGCAAGUUUGUCACUUGAUGGUAACAAUCCAUAGAGAAGAUUCAUUUCCUGAUUCCAUUUUUAGUCUCAGAAGGAUUCGCAGUUUCCUAUAUAAUUUUGAAGGUUCUUCAUAUUCAUUGGCUCCUAAUAUCUUACCAAAAUUAUUUGGUGAGUUGACAUGUUUAAAGGCAUUAACCAUAGGUCGAAAGUAUGGAAGUGUGAUUGAAGACAUUCCUCCUAAAGAGAUUGGAAGAUUGAUACAUUUGAGAUAUCUCAAUUUGAAAGGGCUAAAAAUGAGAAAACUUCCAGAAGAAUUAUGUGGAUUAUAUAAUUUGCAAACUUUAGACAUUAGUGAUUGUAAAAAUCUGGAAGAAUUACCUCAAGGGAUUGAAAAAUUAAUAAAUCUAAGGCAUCUAGAAAAUUAUGGGGUCCGGUCAUUAAGAUACAUGCCAAUAGGAAUUCAAAGAUUGACUAAUCUCCGAAGCUUAAGGUGGUUCGUUGUGAGUGGUGGUGGUGGUACUGAUAAUAAAGCAUGUAGCCUUGAAGGUUUGAAAUACCUUAACCUCUUUGGAGAGUUGUGUAUAAAAAAGUUAGGAAAUGUAUCCAAUGUGGAUGAAGCUAGAAGAUCAGAGCUCAAGAAUCAGAAAAACCUACUUCAUUUGUAUAUGGAUUUCAAAAAAGAUGAAGGAGAGAGGACGAAUGAGGACGAUGAAGUACUUCUUGAAAUCUUACAACCACCUUUAAAUUUGGAGAAAUUACAGAUAAGGAAUUACAGAGGCAACACUAUUUUGCCCAACUGGAUGAUGUCCUUAACCAAGCUCAAGGAUUUAGAACUUAUGCAUUGCAUAAACUGCAAGCAUUUGCCUCCCUUGGAAAAAUUGCCAUCCCUUGAAGAUUUGUUUAUAGAUAAAAUGAGUAGUUUGAAAAGAGUGAGUAAUGAAUUUUUGGGAAUAGAAAGUGAUGGCACAUCUUCAUCAUUUAUUUUCUUCCCCAAAUUGAAAUAUCUCACUUUUGAGUGUAUGGAUGAAUGGGAAGAGUGGGAUUAUGAGAUUACAAGAAAGGGAGAAGAAGAAGAUAUUACAAUCAUGCCAUCUCUUGUUUCCUUGCAAAUUCAUAACUGUCCCAAAUUGAAGGCAUUGCCAAACCACCUUGUUCAGAAUACAACAUUGAAAAAAUAUAUUGGUGGUUGUCCUCUACUACGCUACCAUCGAUGA